UACCUUAAUUAUAAAUAAAAUCCAAUUAUUAUAUAUAUAUAUAUACCCAGCAAAGAGAAGGACUAGCACUAGUCUUGGAAGUUAGAGCUUGGAAAUUAAUGGAGGUUUUUCAGAAAGCCAAGGCCGUGAAAAUCCGAAGCCACCUGGACAAGUACCUAGUUGCCGACGACGACAGAAAGAAGGUACGCCAGAGCCGCAACGGCUCGUCGCGGAAGGCCGUAUGGUUCGUUGAGUUGGUCGAAGGGAAAAACCACGCUAUACGCUUGAGAAGCUGCUAUGGCACGUACCUGACCGCCACGGACUUGGCGUUUCUUCUGGGCAUGACCGGGUGCAAGGUGCUCCAGACCGUGCUGGAAAAGGCCUACUACUGGAAGUACGAGUGGGAGCCGAUCCGCGAUGGGUUCCAGCUGAAGCUGAGGACCUGGUGCGGCAAAUAUCUCCGGGCCAACGGAGGGACGCCGCCGUGGAGAAACUCGAUCACGACCGACGACCCACACGUCUCGUCGACGCAGAAUUGGAUCCUGUGGGACGUGGAGGCGGUGGAGGCCGAUUCGGUUCACGAUUUCAUGUCGUCUCGGUCGAGCUUGUCUUCUUUGUCUGACGAGGUUUUCGAUUCGGAACCGGGGUCGCCCAUGUCGGUUAUAUCGGCGAAUUCACCCAGAUUGUCUUUAAAGCAGAUCAAUUCCAACAAGUUCCGCUCCGGCAUGGACCUCUUCCGCAACGCCAAGGCGGUGCGCCUGCGUAGCCACCAUGAUAAGUACCUGCUGGCCGAGGAGGACGAGGAGAAGGUGACUCAGGACCGGAACGGAUCCUCCAAGAACGCUCGCUGGACCGUGGAGUUCGCGCCCAACUCCGACUCCAUCAUCCGCCUCAAGAGCUGCUACGACAAGUACCUCACCGCCUCCAACAGUCCCUUCCUGCUCGGCAUGACCGGUCUCAAGGUGGUCCAGUCGAGGCCCCAGAGGCUCGAUUCCUCGCUCGAGUGGGAGCCCAUUAGAGAAGGGAACCAGGUCAAGCUCAAGACCCGGUACGGCAACUUCUUGAGGGGCAAUGGGGGAUUGCCGCCUUGGCGGAACUCGGUGACCCAUGAUAUUCCUCACAGGACCGCUACUCAGGAUUGGAUUUAUUGGAAUGUUGAUAUCGUUGACAUUCACGAUCACUCUCCGGGCCAUAAACCUUCGCCUUCACCAACGCUUCCUCAUUCGGAUUCUUUGGUUUCAGUCAAAUCCGAGAAUUUUUCCAGACAAGAGUCGACUGACUCCAAUGUGAGUUCGCCACCCAAGGCAGAUGGAAGGACUAUAUACUACCAUGUGGCUGAGGAUAAUGGUGAUGUGGGCGAUGAAAACUUGGAGGGGUAUUCUUUUACUUUUAAUGGGAGUAGGGUUGAUGAAUUGACUCGUAAAUUGGAGGAGGAGACGGGGUUGGAGGGUAUCAUUGUGUGUACUCGCAGUCCCUUGAAUGGAAAGCUUUUUCCCCUUAGCUUGCAGCUCCCUCCAAAUGCGAUUAUGCAUGUCGUUCUGGUUCUAUCUUCAUCAGAAGUGGCACAGGAGUUUGCAAAAUCACGUUUAUUAUAAGAAGAAUCACGUGGACUAUUACAGUUUUGUUGAGAAUAUAUGCACGACUGUUCUGUACAUUCUGGUUCAGGCCUGUUCAUAUUGCCCACCGCAAAGGAAUCAUAAUAGGUUGCCCGUCUUACCUGUUGUGUUUAUGCAG